AGUCUUUUGUUUUUAUUAUAAGGAGGCCCAUAUUUUAUUUCUCAUGAUCUGUGGCUGCAUCGUAAUAGGUGUUUAUAUCUGACUUAUCACUUGGAACUUACCCUGAGAUAAAACCUGGCGGCAGAUUGUAACAGGAACAGACAUGUCAGAUUCCUUUGUUUGACCAACCCUUCAUAAAGGUCUAUGGCGACCAGCUCACCUGGAUUUACCUGUUUUCUGUCUGAAGUUUGAAUCUGCAGCAGAGAUGACGCGUCAUCCAGUUUUAUAUUUGCUUUAUUCGUUUGGAUUCUUUCAUAAAGGUCAAGCAGCUCCGGUACAAACACAGCUCACUGUGAUGGCAGCAGUCGGAGAUGAGGCUUGUUUGAGCUGUCAGCUGACUCAACAUAAAGAAGUUCUUCAAGUCACCUGGCAGAAACUUUCACCUGAGGGAGAGAAGAAUGUUGCAACAUCCACCAAAUACUUUGGUCUUCAGGUGAAUCGUGGCUUCAUAGAUAAAGUGGAGUUUAAAGAUGCUGGACUGCAGAACAGCUCCAUAGUUAUCAGGAACGUGACGGAGCAGGAUGAAGGAUGCUAUGCCUGUUUGUUCAACUCCAACCCUGAAGGUGCUCUCACUGGUAGAACCUGCCUCAAAGUCUACGAGCUGCAUGAACCCGUCCUACAUGUAGAGUCAAACUCUGCUGAAGAGGCAGUUGUGUCCUGCUUGGCCACAGGUCGACCUGCUCCCACAGUAACAUUAAGAGUCCUGCAACAAGACCUCCACCUGUCAAACUACAGCUCUGUCAGUGUCACCAACACCAACAGUACAGUCACUGUCACCUCUACAGCUGUGCUGUCUGGUUUCCAUGAUGACCGCACACAGGUUGGAUGUGCAGUACGAGUGCUCUCUGGUCCUCAGAAAGAGGUGUUGAUGAUGAUUCCUGAGGUCAAACAGUCGUCUGCUGAUGGUUUUGAUGAGUUAUCUGGAUCUAAUAACCGUGAUCGCAGUUGGACUGUCAUCAGUGUAUCGUUGUUGUUGGUGGUGUUAGUCUGUGGUAUUUUUACAUUGGUCUUUCUCCGACGUAAACGAGAAAAUAAAAACAGUCUGUCACACAGGAACGAUGAGAUGAACGAGAUGGUUCAAGUUACAGUCAGAGACACAGAAGAGACUGGAGCAUCUUCAGAUACACAGGACAAAGGGCAGAUCAGACGACGGACAUCUCCAGAGAAGAAUCAGGCAAGUGACGACUCAAAUCCAUCACCGUCAUCAUCAAAGACAUGAUGAAUGGAUCAGCAGUUUAAUGUGUAACUGUGUGAGGAGGUGAUGCAGGAGAGAGUCAAGGUAAUCUAAAGACCUGAACCCACCUGCAUCAAAGCUUCAGAGGGAAAAUAUCUGGUCAUUGUGAACACUCGAUUAUUUAUCUCAUAUCUCUGUGAUAAGACAGUUAUGGCAGCUCCUUGUGAUAAAAAAUGUCUUUUUUUAUACGAUUUUGAUACGUUUUUUGUCUUGACACUGUACAUUUUUUUUUUUUUAGAGUGUGUGUGUUUUUUAGUUUGUGUCAUUUAUUUUUUAUAUUUUUACAUGAUCAAUAUUGCCAAAGAAGCACUGACAGGGAAAUACUGUGUAAUUAUUGUUUUGUUUUCUGUGUGAUGUUUACAAUGAUGCACUGAUAUCUACACGUUACUUUGAUGCAUGUCUUUGUAAAUAAAUAGAUUUUCUUCGCUGUCACCUCG